AUGGUGAAAGAUACAAAACUUUAUGAGUUAUUGGACUUAUCUUCUGAUGCUAGCCAAUAUAACAUCAACACUAAUUUCAAACGUGUUUAUGAGAAACAUCAAACUGAUCUGAAUGACAUAGAGGCAAAUAAAUCUUUAUUUGCAGUUUUAAUUAUAUCUGACAUUGAUAAGAGAAAAAUUUAUGAUUUAGGAGGUUUAGAAGCGGUUAAAGGUGAUUUAGAUGCAAAACUGAUAUAUGCAGAUGGUUUUGAACUUGAAGAAAAAGAACAACAGCAUCAGCAAAUAUUGCUACAGCAGCAAAAGCAAGAACAAGAAUUAGAGCAGAAGUAUAAGCUUCAGCAACAAAAUAAGCUUGAAAUACAACGUAAACUUGAGCAACAGCAACAGCAACAGCAACAGCAACAGCAACAACCAGAGUUUAGUUUGAAAGAAAACCAACAAUUCCAAGUUCAUAAGGUUGAACAUCAACAAACGAAAGUUUUAGUCAAUUCCAAUAUUGUUGAUCAAAAUAAUGAAAUAAGACCACCACUGCCAACUCAACAGAAGUUAAAAACAAGAACUGGAACUAACCAAGUUCCUAGAACUAACUCUCAGAAUUCUGAUGAAAACCGUUCCCUUUCUGUUUCGCCACUAAAACUAACAUCAUAUCGAGAACAUAAAGCUAUUUCUCAGGAAAAACCUAUUAGUCAAUCUAUUAUUUCUAUUUUGCUGAAUUUGAAUAGAUUUGCUGCAAGAAGAAGAAAUACUCCAAACAAUGUUCAUAUUGAUAGGGAUAACAACGGUAAAGAAAGAGAGAGAUCUAUCAUCACCAAUCAAGAGAAGACAACAGUAAAACAGCCAAAUAAUAAUAUAAAGCAGUUCUUGAUUUAUGAGGUUAGUUUAGAAGAAUUAUGCAAAGGAUGUAAACUCCCUUAUCUAAUUGAAAGGUUAGAUAGCUCAAGAGAAAAAGAAAUUACCUAUGCAAAACUAACAAUUGAAAAGGGUGCAAAAUUAGAUACAAAAUACGCAUUUGAUGAAAAAGGCGACUUUAAUCCAUCAACCGGUAAGAGACAAGACGUUGUUAUUACAUUAGCCGAUAAAAAGAAUGAAAGGUUCACAAGAACAGGAGACGAACGUGAUCUUUAUAUGACACUUCCAUUAACAUUUAAUGAAUCAAUGCUUGGAUUUGAGAAGACUAUAACUGUACCAGAUGGUCGAAAACUUGAAAUUAAAAAAUUCACACCCGUUCCACCAGGAUCUGUUCAGCUUUUUAAAGGUUAUGGUAUGCCAAUUAGUGAAGCUAGUAAAUUAACGGGCGACUUAACUGUUACAUACCUAGUAGAUUAUCCAAAUAGUUUAACUGAAGAACAAAAGAUGUUCUUUAGAAUAAAUACAUUUGAUGGUUAA